AUGGAAUCAAAAAAGGAAAAUUCAGUUCACACAGAACAUUUGAAGGAAUUCGAUUUGGAUGCGUUGAUUAAGCAACGAAUGAAGGAAUUGUGCCAAAACUACUCGUUGAAGGCGGAAAACGCGGAUCAAGAAAAAACAAGUGUGGAAUCAAUACGUGAAAUAAUUGAUGCUAAGAUAAUAGCAGCCUUAGGGAAGAAGGGAUACACCGGAACGCCACAGCCAGAACCGUCAAUGUCUAAUUACAUUAGAUUAAAGGAAGCUCUUAACUUAUUGCCAAAAUCAUGCGAUGGAAGGGACAUCGAACAAUUAGAUAUUUUCCUAGAAAAUUGUGAAUUUGCAGUAUCAUGCGUGCAAGAGCCUUCCAAGAAUCGUCUACUACAGGCGAUAAUGACAAGACUAACUGGUAAAGCUCGUCAAGUAUCUAGGAACCGAACAUUUUAUACGUGGGAAGCAUAA